AGCUUCAAUUACUUUCUUUGGAAUUUGUGUUGUCUUUUAAGCGAAAUAGAACUUAAAUUCAGUUAGAUAUGGCUGCCCACCGUUUUAUUCAAGAGCUGUAUAGAAAGAAGCAGAGUGAUGUGCUGCGUUACUUGCUGCGGAUCCGUGUGUGGCAGUACCGUCAUUUGCCGAAGUUGCACCGUUCGACUGGAUCUACGCGUCCGGAUAAAGCUCGUCGGUUGGGUUACCGCGCCAAGCAAGGAUUUGUCAUUUACAGAAUUCGAGUUCGCCGUGGUGGUCGCAAGCGGCCAGUGCCUAAGGGAUGCACAUAUGGAAAGCCGAAAGGACAUGGUGUAAAUGAACUAAAGCCAUAUCGUGGCCUGCAGGCUAUUGCCGAGGAGCGUGUUGGUCGUAGACUUGGCGGCUUACGUGUCCUCAACUCAUACUGGGUGGCGCAGGACGCUACCCACAAAUAUUUCGAAGUCAUUUUGGUGGAUAUUCAUCACAAUGGCAUUCGUCGUGACCCCAGAAUGAACUGGAUGUGCGAGCAUGUGCACAAGCACCGCGAACUCCGUGGGCUGACCUCUGCCGCCAAGAGUUCCCGUGGCAUAGGAAAGGGUUACAGAUACUCGCAGACAAACGGUGGAUCUAGACGGGCUGCCUUGAAGCGCAAGAAUCGCGAGCAGAUGCAUAAGAAACGCUAAUUUUAAUUAUGUUGAUAAGAAAAAAGACACGUUUUAAAUAAAUCUUUAAGCCUUUAAGAAAGGUAC